AUGGAGAGAGCAAACACGGAAGAAGAGCUCCUACUAGGGUCUACACUUGUUUUCCAAGUUGAUUCAAUCAGUGACUUGGUACCACCAAGUCAAUCUUGGGCUACUUCCGUUGUUGUUCUCAGUAGCAUAGUCGCCCUUUGUGGUUCUUUUGCCACGGGAUGUGCUGGCAUUCAUCACCUGCUGAGGCUGGAAUCAUGGAAGACCCAUACAUUACUCUAUUUUUGGUUCUGUAAUUACAAUUGGAGGAGUGAUAGGUUCGAUAGUAAAUGGAAAGAUGGCAGAUCUCAUUGGUCGAAGACUUAUUAUGUGGGUAUCAGAAUUUUUCUGCAUCACUGGUUGGUUUGCCGUAGCAUUUGCACCGGUUGCUUGGUUGCCGGAUCUUGGAAGACUUUCAAUGGGAAUUGGAUUAGAGCGGUAACAGUAUAUAUUGCAGAAAUAACACCUAAGAACGUUCGUGGAGGAUUUAUUGCUGCUAACCAGAGUACAACCAUCUAUAGGCUAAGGUUGGUCGAGAAAAACAAUUGGAGGUUGCUCUCCAGUGCCUCAGAGGAAAGAAUGUCAAUAUUCAACACAAAGCAGCAUAUGUUAGAGAUUAUACAAAGACUUUUCAAGGACAUUCAGAAGCUAGACUUUUGGACUUGUUCAAGGGAAGAUAUGCUCUUGCUCUCAUUGCUGUUGCCGAGCUAUUGCUAUUGCAACAAUUUGGAGGGAACAAUGCAAUUGCAUUUUAUGCCAGCUCCAUUUUUGAAAAAAUCUGAUUUUUCAAGUAAUGUUGGGCUAAUUUCGAUGGCCAUUGUCCGGGUUCCAGCUACUGCUGUUUCUGUACUAUUAAUAGAUAGAGCUGGAAGGCAGCCACAUCUCUUGGUUAGAACACCACAAAAUUUGAUUUCAAGUUUGCUAUGCAGCUGAUAAAACAAUAGGUUUGACAACAAAUCAAAAUAGAUACUUGGCACGAUUUGAUGCCUAUAGAUAUAAGUCAUUCUCUGAAAAUCUUAAUUCUCGUAUGAGCAAGACUUCAACAAGUCAAAUGAGACCACUUCCAUUCUAGUGUACAUUGGCA